CCAUUAUACCCCAAAGUCGCACCCCUGCCCAACUUACCAGAAAACCAAAUGCCAAGAAAACCAAGGGAACAAAGGAAAAAGGAAAAAAAAUCAAAUUUGAGCCCACAUUCUAUAAAUCACACCAUAAACAAUCACUUCCUUCACUUGUACUUCUCAAAUCCCAACCCACAUAACUAUAAUUAAAAUCCCCCAAAAAAUUGAAAUCCCCCAGAAAUACGUUUCUCUUUCUCUUUACAAAACAGGCGCAAAUAGACCCGUACCAGAGAGAAAGAGAAAGAGAGAAGAAAAUGGCUAUGGCUCGGGCGAGCUCGGGGCUCCAAUACCCCGAGCGGUUUUACGCGGCGGCCUCCUACGCUGGCUUCGACGGAUCUCCUCGUUCCUCCUCCAAAGCCGUCCGCUCCAAGUUCAACUCCGAGUCCGCUCUCAUACUCUAUGCUUUGUACCAGCAGGCUACAGUAGGGCCUUGCAACGCACCUGAACCUAGUGCUUGGAAUGCUGUUGAGAAAAGCAAAUGGAGCAGCUGGAAGAAGCUUGCAGACAUGGCUUCCACUGAAGCAAUGCGUCUUUUUGUGAAAAUAUUAGAGGAAGAAGAUCCAGGUUGGUAUUCAAGAGCAUCAAACUUUGUUUCAGAUCCUGUGGUAGAUGUACAAAUGAAUCAAAGUUCAAAUGUUCACCCAGUUGUCGAGAAUGGGAACUCUUUCCCUGAGACCAAGACAAUCUCCACUGAAAAUGGGAGCAUAGUGGAAGCUCAGGAUAAAGAUGUUGUCUCCGAAGGCUUUGGUUCAAUUGGUGUUUAUGAUCAAUGGAUUGCACCUCCAAUAUCUGGCCAUCGUCCGAAAUCCCGAUAUGAGCAUGGAGCAGCCGUUAUUCAAGACAAGAUGUACAUAUAUGGUGGAAACCACAAUGGUCGCUACCUAAAUGAUCUCCAUGCCUUGGAUUUGAGGAGUUGGAGUUGGUCAAAGAUUGAGGCCAAAGCUGGGGCUGAGUCACUUGAGUCACCAUCUCCAGUAACAGUAACCGCACGUGCUGGUCAUUCCUUGAUAUCAUGGGAGAAUAAACUCAUUUCAAUUGCUGGACAUACAAAGGAUCCUUCUGAUUCUAUUGAGGUGAAGGCAUUUGAUCUACAAACUUGCACGUGGUCAUUCUUAAAGACUUAUGGAAAACCACCGGCAUCACGUGGGGGUCAAUCUGUGUCCCUUGUUGGAGGUGGCUUGGUGAUUUUUGGGGGACAAGAUGCAAAGAGAACUCUCUUGAAUGACCUGCAUAUUCUUGACCUAGAAACAAUGACCUGGGAUGAGAUUGAUGCCAUAGGGGUGCCUCCUUCUCCAAGGUCUGAUCACACUGCUGCUGUUCAUGCUGACCGCUACCUCCUUAUCUUUGGUGGGGGUUCCCAUGCCACUUGUUACAAUGAUCUGCAUGUCCUUGAUUUGCAAACUAUGGAAUGGUCAAGACCCACACAACAGGGUGAGAUACCAACUGCACGGGCUGGACAUGCAGGUGUAACAGUUGGGGAGAAUUGGUUCAUAGUUGGUGGUGGUGACAACAAGAGUGGGGCUUCAGAAACUGUUGUCCUAAAUAUGUCUACUCUUGUUUGGUCUGUUGUAACUACUGUUGAAGGGCGCAUUCCUGUUGCUAGUGAGGGACUAAGUUUGGCCGUAGGUUCUUACAAUGGUGAAGAUGUACUUGUAUCAUUUGGAGGGUACAAUGGGCGUUACAACAAUGAGGUUAACGUUCUUAAACCAAGCCACAAGUCAACCUUGCAAUCAAGGAUGAUGGAAACGCCUGUGCCAGACAGUGUUUCUGCUGUGCUUAAUGCUACAAAUGGUACCAGAGAUGUGGAGUCUGAGUUUGAAGCAGGGCAAGAAGGAAAAAUUAGGGAAAUCGUUAUGGACAAUGUUGAGUCAGAUCUCAUGAAAGCAAGAGGCAAGAGUACCAAUGAACAUCUUAUAGCAACCCUCAAAGCAGAGAAAGAAGAAUUAGAAUCAUCACUAAGCAAGGAGAAAGUACAAACUCUCCAAUUAAAGCAAGAGUUAGCAGAAGCAGAGACUCGAAACACUGACCUGUACAAGGAGCUUCAAUCUGUACGUGGCCAACUUGCAUCUGAGCAGUCAAGAUGUUUCAAACUUGAGGUUGAACUUGCAGAACUUCGACAGAAGUUGCAAACAAUGGAGGCAUUGCAGAAAGAACUUGAACUCCUCCAGCGACAAAAGGCUGCAUCCGAACAAGCAGCUUUGAAUGCUAAAAGGCAGAGCUCAGGCGGCGUCUGGGGCUGGCUUGCUGGAACGCCUGGUAAUGAAAAAGUGGACGAUGCCUAAAUAGCUGUCAAGGCCAAAUGAAUAGGGGUUGUUACAUGAUAGAUUUGGUUCUCAUUGAAUAUUUUUUAACUCCUUUUGAUAUAUUUUUGUUAUACUCAACCAAGUUCUUUCCUGUGAUAGAAAUAAGAUAUGAGGUUCUUAUUGGCGAGAGGGGGAGGACCCCACUUGGGGUUUUUGCAUGAAUACAUGUCUGCAAUUUCAGUUAUGUAGUUUCAUGUCUGUGAGUGCUAUAUAAUUCUUUUGGGUCACCAAUUUUUGUUUGAGUUUGUAUUCAAAGUGAAUAUAUAUAUUAAGUGAAGUGUAGAUCUCAGUGUUUA